UAAUUAAAGAGUUUGUUCACAUUUAUUGAACUAGAUUGAUUGGAACUAAACGAGAAUGAAAUUAAGAGCUACACUAAACUGAAUUAAUUGGAUGUGAACUGAAUUUAAACUGAAGUGAACAGACCCUAAUUCUCUCACUCCACCAAAUAAACCACCACUACGACCACUAAUUUGCGUAAUAACCACCACCGAGCACCACUAACCACUAAGAGGCAAGGAAAGGAGUAUGAAUUAUGAAGUGGAGAAACCAUGCCAAGAAAUUGUACAGGCAAGAAAAUCGUUGGCGAUCAUGUAAAAAAAAUUUACUCAUCAUUUAUCGUAUUGUUAUGGCUACGGGUUUCAAAUCCCCGAGUAAAAAAAAAAAAAUUAAAAAAAAAAAAAACUAUGACUCAAUCAAGUGCUUAACAAGAUACGGAGUACUCCGUAAGUCCGUAAUAUUAAUAACCUUGUUUACUCUCCUAACCGUAUCGGGUCAACCAAUAAGUUCCAUCCUAAACUACACACAGAUAAAACCUUAUCCACACACUUAACAGUUAAUAACACCAUAACAAUGGUGGUCCAAACAUGGAAAACCCGCCUAAAAUUCCCGCUUAACUCUCAUUUCUUCAUUCACCAUCUUCAAUUUCUCCAAUGGAAAAACUUUCUGCCAUUACUUCUACUUCUAAUACCUUCAAUUGCUUCACUUCCCCUGUUCUUCAAACCCCUUCUUCCUUCUGGAAAUUUCCCAGAAUCAAUUCUUCUAAUUCGCAUCUCCCCCUUGUUUCUGAUUACUUUGAUGAUCCUGGGAAGAUUAAUUCGAUUCAUUUAGUCAACCAAUUGAAUGCCCAGGUGAUUAAAUUGCCCCAAAUGGGGUAUUCAGAUGAAAUUUCCCAGGUAUUGAUUACUUCUUACUUGAAAUUUCAAGAUUUUGAGUCUGCUUUGAUGGUUUUCUUUCUGGGUUUUCGGAGGAAUUUUGUGGUUUGGAAGUCGUUUUUGGAGGAAUUUAAGAGUUUUGGAGGAAACCCAAUUGAGAUUCUUGAGGGGUUUUGUGAAUUGUAUAGGAAAGGAGUGGAAUUUGAUAGUAAAAUUCUUACUGUUGUGUUGAAAAUAUGUGCAAUUUUGAUGAGUAAAUGGUUAGGUGUUGAAAUUCAUGCUUCAUUGAUUAAGAGGGGUUUUGAUACAGAUGUUUAUUUGAAGUCUGCAUUGAUGUAUUUUUAUGGGAGGUGUUGGGGCACAGGCUAUGCAGAUAAAGUGUUCGAUGAAAUGCCUGAACGAGGAGUCGCGCUGUGGAAUGAAGCCAUUGUCGCGGCUAUUCAGAAUGAGAAUUAUACGAAGGCUCUGCAAUACUUUCAGGAAAUGCAGUUUAUGUCUGUGAAAGCUGAUACUUUUACUAUUAGUAAAGCUAUACAAGCUUGUGCCAAAGGAAGAGCUAUUGAUGAGGGGAGGCAAAUUCAUGGGUAUAUGUUUAGAAAUGAUAUGGAAAAGGAUUUAGCAAUAUGCAAUUCUUUGAUAAACAUGUAUGCAAAAAACAACAUGGUAGAACUAGCUAGGAAAGUUUUCGAUUCUAUGGAUAACUGCAGUUUAUCAUCAUGGAACACAAUGAUAUCUGCUUAUGCUUCGGUUGGUUUUUUUGAUGAUGCAAUGGAGCUAUUUCAUAGGAUGGAGUUUCACAAUGUGGAACCAGACAUAGUAACAUGGAAUUCCCUCUUGUCUAGUCAUUUACAGCAUGGGUUAUACCAUCAAGUUUUGAACAUUCUACGCAACAUGUUGGCAAAAUUACAGCCAAAUUCGAGCUCCAUCACCCCUGCAAUUCAAGCAAUUAACGAGUUGAAUUGGAUCAAAUUAGGGAAGGAAAUGCAUUGCUAUGUUCUUAAAAAUGGAUUGCAUUGUGAUUUGUAUGUGCAGACAACAUUAUUGGACAUGUACGUCAAGAAUGGUGAAUUGGUUAAAGCUCGAGCAUUGUUUGACCUCAUGAAGACUAGGAAUAUUGUUGCCUGGAAUUCUUUAAUUUCUGGUUAUUCCUCAAACGGUCUAUUUGAUGAUGCUGUGAGGUUGCUGAACCAGAUGGAAGAGGAAGAUAUAAAUCCAGAUAUGAUGACAUUGAACUCUCUACUUUCUGGAUAUUUGGUGAAUGGCCGUAUAGAGGAUGCAUUAGCUGUGGUAGCGAAAAUGAAGAUUUUGGGAAUGGAACCUAAUGUUGUUUCAUGGACUGCUCUUAUAUCAGGUUGUUCACAAAACGGAAAAUAUAAAGAUUCAUUAAGUUUUUUCAAAAAAAUGGUGGAAGAAGGUAUAAACCCUAAUGCUGCCACCAUAACUAGCUUACUUCAAGCUUCUGCAGGUAUGUCUUGGCUACAAAAAGGAAAAGAGAUCCAUAGUUGGUGCUUAAGAAACGGGUUUGAUGAAGAUGUGUUAGUGGCCACAGCUCUGAUGCAGAUGUACAUUAAAUCAGGAAGUCUGCAGAGUGCUCAGAUUUUCCGGUGGAUGAAAAACAAGACAAUUGCUACUUGGAAUUGCAUGAUUAUGGGGUAUGCAGCUUACAACCAUGGAGAAGAGGGUAUUAUGCUUUUCAAGGAAAUGCGUGAUCUGGGAAUUCAUCCUGACGCCAUAACUUUUACUGCUCUCCUAUCAUGCUGCAAGAAUUCAGGUUUACUUGAUGAGGGCUGGAAAUAUUUUGAUAGUAUGAAAGCUGAAUACUGCAUAGUGCCUACAAUUGAGCAUUACUGCAUGGUUGAUCUUCUAGGAAGAGCUGGAUAUCUUGAUGAGGCGUGGGAUUUCAUUAAAACAAUGCCUGUUGAACCAGAUGCUUCUGUUUGGGGUUCACUACUUCAAUCCUGCCGAGUCCAUAACAACUUGAAACUUGGGAAAAUUGCUGCCAAAAACCUCUUUGAACUAGAACCAAAAAAUUCUGCUAAUUAUGUUAUACUGAUGAACUUAUAUUCAAUGUCAAGCAGAUGGGAAGAUGUGGAUCGUGUGAGAGAAGAGAUGACUGCUCGGGAACUGAGAAUUCAAUUUGGGUGGAGUUGGAUAGAAAUUUACCGUAAAGUUCAUAUUUUCAAUGAUGAAAAACUUCAUCCAGAUACAGGAAAUAUAUACUUUGAGCUGUAUCAUCUGAUCUCUGAGAUGAAGAAAGCAGGUUAUAUCCCGGAUAUCAAAUCAGUGUACCAAGAUAUUGAUGAUGCUGAAAAAGAAAAAGUACUGUUAUCUCAUACUGAAAAAUUAGCCAUAACCUAUGGGUUGUUGAAGAUGAAGGAUGAUUCACCAAUCAGGGUAAUUAAGAGCACUAGAAUGUGUUCUGACUGUCACACUGCAGCAAAAUUUUUCUCUGUGUUAAGAAAACGUGAGAUUAUCCUUAAAGAUGGUGUUCGAUUUCAUCAUUUCCGGGAAGGAAGAUGUUCUUGCAAUGACCAUUGGUAGCAAGGGCUCUAACUUGUUCUUAAUUAGGAUGUAUAUGACUGGAUUAUAGACAUAGUGAAUACACAUUUGAUUUUUGCUUCAAAGCUACGAGUCAUUUGCUCAGUUCAGACUUUAAUACAUGGUUUAGUUAGCAAAUUUGAGCAUAUAUAAUGCAUUUAGAUUCUUCUGCUACAUUUACAGAUGGGUGUAUAGCUGUAUUAAUUAUGUACCAAAUAUUCUUAAGCAGUUAAGCACAUGUGUACUUUUACCUACAAGUGUGUUUCCUAAAUCUAAGUCUGAUGAAAUUAUUGUGUUUA